UCAAUCAAUUCUGUCCUACUUUUGUGUUCAAUGCAUUGUACUUUCCGCGCGAUUGAUUAAAUGAAAUAAGAAAUAAUCUUAAUUUAUGAACAUACAAUGGCAAAACAGCAGGGUAAAGUUUACUUAGGGUUCGAAGAAGAGGCAGUGGGUGAAAAACACCAAACUUUAUUAAAUUAUACAGUAAAUAAAAUUGGUGGAUUUCCCGAUUGGCCGCCUAUCGAGAACGUACAGUUUCCUUCCAAGUGUCAAUUAUGUGGAUUGCACAGAAUUUUAAUUGUCCAAUGCUAUGCUCCUCUUGAAAAUUCAGUUUAUCAUCGCACUUUAUAUCUUUUCGCCUGUAUUAAUCCUAAUUGCUGGAUUCAAUCAGAAAGUUGGGUUUGUGUUCGAAGCCAAUAUCAAGACAACUCCAUUAAACAGUCAAGUACAAUAGUGAACUUGCCGUCGGUUGAGACUAAUCUCAGUUGGUGUACUGGCGCUGAUGAAUGGGAUGAGAAUGACAAUGGCGACACUGCUAACGGAAACUUUAUGAAUGUGGAUAAUGCUCCCAGCCCUAAUAAUGGCAUGCACAGGAAUUCUGAUGAGGAUGAAGAAAGCAACUCCUUAGAAGUGGAAACUGUAGAGCAAGCUCUUGGUAAUCUACAUGUGUUUGAUGCACACAAUGCCAAUAUGUCUCCAGUGCAAGGAGCUGUAGGGGCUAUAGGAGUACCAGUGGCCGCAGCAGAGCUAGAGGGUGGUGACGAGCCGGGCCUUGUCACUGUCGACACACCCACUGCCGCUUCCAACGAUAUAGAAGCACUACUGCACCAGACGGCAGAGUUACCGCAGGACAUACGAAGCCGAUUGAUGUGCGCUCCAAUGCAGUUUGUGCCCAAAUACAUUUACGUUGAAGAGGAAUGGCACAAGGCGUCUAGCCAAGAUGACAGGGUGACGGAAUUGCUCAAUAAAUACAAGAAUGAAAAUGAACUAGAGGUAGUAUGUGCCGGCGGCGGCGGUGGCGGAGGCGGGCCGGACGAGGAGCAGUACGAGGAGACGGCGCCGCUGCACGGAGACCGGCUCUUCCAUGCCUUCCUGUCCCGCCUCAGGAAGAACCCGGGGCAGAUCUUAAGGUACUCCCUUGAAGAGGCCCCGCUGCUGGGCGCGCCGCUGCCGCUGCCGCGCCGCGCCGGCGCGCGCACGCCCACGCCCGAGUCGCCCGGCGCAUGCGCGCCCGCCGCCUGCGCGCGCUGCGGCUCCCGCCUCGUCUGCGAACUCCAACUCGUGCCAGAACUCGCUGCAACCCUCUCGCUCCCACCCCUCUCCCGCGCGUCGCCGCCUCCCGCUCUCUCGCACCUGCACUUCCUGUCGGUGUUUGUGUUCACGUGCGCGCAGAGCUGCUGGCAGCCGGGCGACGCGCUCGUGCCGGAGACCGUCGUCUUCCAGCCUGAAGUUGUUUAAGCGGAGCCGAGCGGCUGGCCGGGGAAAUGUGACAGUAGCAUAAUAUCACUGAAGGCUUACAUUUAAUUAUGUAGGUGUAGAGAAUUGCCAAGCCAAGUUUGGCUUAUCAGUUUGGUUUAUAACCAGUUGGUCACCCGGACAAAUUACAACUAUAGAGCUAUGAUAAAAGUGUCAUGCCCAUGCCUAUUGCUGGCAAAUUGAUAGCCGUUGCCAGACGUUUAACAAUAGUUAUUUGUGCAACAAGAGAGGAAAGUUGGUUUUUCUUGCGAGUGUUUAUUUUGAGUCCUGAGAAAGCGAAAGAUUCUAUAAUUGAAUCACGAGCGAAGCGAGUGAUUCUAAGGUAGAAUCUUGAGCGUAGCGAGGGACUCAAAAACACGAAAUGUAAAAUAACUUUGCUCUCGUGUUGCACACAUAAUUUUUCACCUCAGUAGUGAGAACAUAUUAAAGGUUAAAAUGUAUUUCGAAUUACGCAGAAUAAACAGAAAAAAAAAGUAUUAUAAUAUGUACGAUACGAUACGAGACCGGACCGGACCGGACCGGACCGUACCGUACCGUACCGUACCGUACCAUAAAAAAAAGUAAUAAAAGUAUGAAGUUCAUGGCCUUCACUAAAUUAAAAAGCUACAUUGUUUCACUCCCUGGAGUGAGGAAAGUCGCACUUUCCUCACUCCAGGGAGUGACGAAAGUAGGCUUGUUCGAGCUGCUGAGGUGAAAAUUAAAUUACUACUGUCACGUUUUGUUAGCCACGCGAACGCGUACAUUAGCUUUAAAGAAAUAAAAGAAAAAAGGUAGAAUGUUGCACCAGAAGUGAAACAAUCAAACCUUAUAAUUGACGGAUGUUAAAAAGAAACGACCACGCGUGUCCGGCUCCGGCGUGUCCAUUAUUAAAUAAAAAAUGAUAGAAUUAAAGCAGUGGUUAACAAUACUAGUCUUCAAUUACGAUUUGUAGGAAGCAUUUUAUGUCUCAUAGAAAUUUAAAAUAAUAAAGUUGACAUUGCUAUAAUGUUCUAAGUGAUAGGAAUACCAUAAAAUAGUCCAACAAAUAGUCAAUAACAUUUUUUCGUCCAUACGACAGUUGUAUAAGCAUUUUCUUGCGGUGCAUUUAGUGUCAGUGUUACUUCAUUACUAUACUCCAGUAAAACUAAAAGUGGUCUUUUAAUCUCUAGAUAAUUAGCAAUAUUAAUUUCUUUUAAAUAUUUAUUUUCAAAGUGUGAUAAACAAUCUUAUUUAUGUGUGAAGUGAAUGUAUACAUUCAUAUGUGAUAUAUUUCUCAAUAAUCAUACUGUAUAAUUUGUAAGUGGAAAGUAUAAGUAGUAUAUCGUUUUAAGGCCAUAUUUUGAAGCUCGUUAAUUGUGUCAUUGUGAAGGUAGAAAACCAAUCCAAAUAUUGUUAUUUAGUGGUGUUCUUAUUAACCUAUACGUUAAAUGUGUAGUUAUACAUCUUCAUAGCAAACGCUAGGGUAGA